GACUGUUGAUGCCAAAACACUCAAUAAUUUAUGAGCAUUGAGUGACUCUCCAAAUAGUUCUGAACCCACAGUUAUCUUUUUUUAGAGGUCCCAUCUUAUUUUGGUAUGUAAUAAUCUAACAUAAUCUUUCCGGAUCUUUAAUGUUUUUUUCUUGUGUCAAAGCACAUAUUAACUACCAUGAUUACAAUAUUUAAUUACGAAAAAAAAUCCCAUUUUAAAAAUUAUGCACUGUAUUGUUUUUAAUUUGUGAAGUAAUUCAUCUUUAAUUACUAUUAAAUGUACAACUUCUCACAGUGGUUGGGAAAUAUUUACUUCGGAGUGAGUAUUGCUGUAGGUGAAGUAAAGUAUUGUGUGAUAAGACUUAGCUGUGACCCUCCCUCACACUAAGUGAGCAACUCAUGGAAGGGUGAGGCAGAUACUCAUAUCAUUACGGUACUCAUAACGAACUAUUUGUGAAAGCUGUCUCAACGAUGUUUAUUAUUCUCGUUGUUGCAUUAGAAGUGUCUCAUAAAUAAACAAUACAAAUAUUUGAUCAUAAUUUGUAUAGUACAUAUAUUCUGUAGUGACAGUGCUUAAAUUAGAGUGCAAAUGAAUUGUGGGAAAUGUGUGCCAAAGUAUGUAUUUUGUAUAACAUGUAUAAUUUUAAAGAGAUAUAUGCUGUUUGCUGUCACAUACAAUCAGUGUAUGUAUUGUAAAUAUGUACAGUUUCGGAAGUGAAAGUUACAUGUUAUAUUUGAUUCAAAGCGAAGAUGAUUUAAUAGAAGAAAAAAUCUAAUCCUUGGAUUUGUAGCAUCAGAAAUGGAAGAUCAAUAAAAGUGAACUAAAAAAAACUGUAUUUAUAUAUAAAAAAACUUCACGUUAGUUCCAAGUCUUUUUUCAGAGCUGUAUCUGAAUGUAAUUUAUGUCUGAAAGUGAAUUAAAUUGUGUAAAAAAAAUAUCUAAAAUAUCCCUAGCAAUCAUUUAAACUCCUAUCACAGUAUAAAAAAAAAUUAUUUAUUCAAGCAGAUCUUCAACCUAAAAACAAAUUAGUGUGAUUCUGGGUUUUUUCCCGUAUGUCUCAAAUAGAAGUACAAGUAGAUGUCAUACAAAGGACUCAGGAUCCUGCAGCAUGUUUUGGCAAGCGAGUUAGACUUGAAGCAAGUUCACGCAUGUUACAUCGAACAGUCGUUCACACUCGGAGUUGACGGAGGACAUCCACAACUCGAGCGGCGGAGUGCCUGGCUGAAUUCCAGGAGAGCAAAUACAAGCACGUUGAAGAAGCACAACACAAAAUCAGGGUUGGUACAAGCUUGUGAUUCCAAAAUUCUCUGACUUUCCUAGGUUUUCCAGAUCUGGAUUGACAAGUUUCCCAGAACUUCCAGAAACUAACAAUCCAGUGGUCCUCUUGAUGUUGCUUUCUGGGGGGGAAAAGAGGUUGUAUAUGCAGUUCAAAUGUGUAAUUUUUAACUUAAAAUACCAACGCCAAAACAAAUUCAUAACUACAUGAUCAUUUUUUUUUACGAAGAAAAGACUAGCAUCAGACACCUGCACCUAUAAUACGAUUUUAUUCUAUGUAACUCACCCAAUUAAAAAAAAAAUGCAUUGUUGACAAAAAUUCAAAAAAGAGACUUUUAUUAGAGGCCGCUGGCAGACCUAUAUUGAAUAACUCUUCAGAAAAUUAUAUCUAUUAAAUCUAUUUAUUGUUGGAAUGACAAAAUUAAUGCCUAAAAGCAGGCAUUGUUCAUUAAAUAAAAAAUUGAACGCCUAUUAGACUGCAACAAGUUAUACCAACAAAAGUAAUUUCUUCCUUGUGAUUGGUGACUGUCCGUGAGAGAAGUCAUUGCCUUAUUUGACCGAGCCACUCAGGACGUGUUUGCUCCCGCACUGGAUUACUGUGAUUGGUGUAAUAACAAUGAACAUGAACCCAUAGGAAACUCAUCCAAUCACGAAACGACGAUGCUACAUUGUUUUAAUUUUCAGCUAGUCUUGAAAUUUUCAUGAAAUAUGCAAGGCCCCAUUAAUGCCAUUUUAGAUUUAUACAUGUGUUUGUAAACUAUUGAAUGCAAGCGAUCAAAAUUGUAUGUAAACAUGCAGAAAUGUUUCCCCCUUCGUGUUUGCAGCAAAAAGUGUGGGUUUUCACGAAAGAGAAACUGACCAAUUUUCUUGAUUUUUAAUGUUUUAGCAUUUUUUAUGUGCUUAAACACUGACAGAGGUCUAAUUUUUCGUUAUAUUUUGUUGGCUCAAGAAAAAAUUCAAGAAAUAUUUUGAGAUUUCCCUGACUUUUCCAGGUUAUUUUCUGACCAUAUUUAUUUACCUUUUCCUUUUUCCCUAUCUUCUCCACCUGUAGCAACACUGAGAAUCUCAGGGAUGCAACAUCUGAAGGUUAAUGUUUUGCUACUCAAAAUCCCCUGGAAUUGGACUCUACGAGGUUAUUUUCAGGCUGACCAACUUAUUCAAGUUAGAUAGUUUAAUUUAAUUUAAUGUAGUUAAAAAACUGUUAAAUAACUAAAACAGUUUGAUUAUAAUAUACUAUUUCUAUUAGUUAGCCAUAAUUUAAUAACACUUUACAAAAUCAAUGUGUACAGGAUAUAUGUACCUAUAUUGUUAACUAAAAUUUUUUGUGACCUCAAUAAGUUUCAUAUUAAUCAACAUGUUCAGAAAUAAAAUAUAUGUUUGAACUUACAAUUUGUUGUUAUCUCUACGGUUACAAAGUUAAAGAAAGUUUUGAGGGAGAAGGAUGGGAUGACUGGAGAAGGGGUCAUUACUUUAAAACAGUUUAAAAGGGAGAGUGAUAUUUGUAUAGGUAAAAUAAGACAAAAUCUCAUAUUAUGGGUGACACUCCACUGAAGUGUUAUUGAUAACAAGGGACAGAGAGCAAGUGAUCAGACUGAUAGCCAAGUGCUGCGAGAUUAAUCAGCCACGGCCCGCGGGCCUGCUGCAAAGACAGGACGACCCCGCUCGAGAUAGUAAACCCAAUCUACACAUGAAGUUACUGUUCACUGCCGUUUGUCUCAUUGGCUCUUGCCACGGAGCCGCGGAGACGACCUGCUCGCUGGAGAGCGACCUCGCCGAGCUGGUGAGCCUGUUCCCCAGCGACGAGUACUCCGCCGUGCUCGGCGACUACCUGAGGCACGACGAGGCGUACCGGCGAGCACACGACUACCUCGGCAGCGAGGCCUUCGCAGAGCUGUUCGCCCGAGUCCGCCUCAGCCCGGAGUACAGGGCGGUCAUGCAGUACCUGGACGAGGCGGGCUACCCCGGACUGCUGAACCUGGGGGAGCACCACGAGCCGCCCCCGCGCCCCCCCAGGCAGCCCCGCGCCGGCACGGGCUUCCACGGCCUCGUGGGCGACGUCAUCAGCGCCCUGCCGCUCGACCGCACCCGCGACCUCUUCGCGCGCUACAUGUCGCACCACGAGUGCUUCAGGACCUUCGUGAACAAGGUCCAGGGGCCGGAGUUCCAGGCGCUGCUGACGAGCCUCGACAAGGCGGCGGAGUACGGCGAGUUCAAGGCCGAGCUGCUCAGGAACGGCAUCGACCUCCACGACGUGUACCACUUGUACGAGCAGGUGCUCGGCUUCGAGAUAUUCAGCAUCGUGGAAGAGCCGUGGGACCGCCGCAGAGUCCAGACCGAGCUGUAGGGAGCGUCCUGGCUCGCCAACUGGAGAGAUCUGUCGUGACAACAGCUGUCAAAUCUUAAUAUAUAUAUGAAUCCAGUGUCCUGAUGUUUGUUUCCAGUGAACUCUUCACCAAGUCAACCGAUUUCGAUGAAAAUUGGCAUUUAUGUGUAAUUUUUUCCAACUUGAGAGAUAGGAUAGUUUUUAUUUUGAUUAAUGGUCUUAAUAAUUUAUAAUUAAUAAUAAUAAACUGAUUAUCAAUGUUGAUUGGUGUUUAAGCCCGGGAAACAGUGGGUACUUUGUCUCCAUGACAACGUUGCGUGCUUGAGUGUCGGGAAACCAUCGGUGCUAGGUAUUCGUUUUUUCUUCGGUACAUUACAAAGCAUUGUAUUAAGAUUUUGUCAAAAUUAUUUCAUUUAUUAUAACUGUAAAUAAGAAAUUUGGUCUCAUUUUUCCCCCCCCAUUAAUACAACCGUGUGAAGCCGGGUCGGGCAGCUAGUUAUCAAUAAAAUAAAAUCACCUGUGUCACCUCGCUUUGAAA